AUGCUCCCAACACCCGACACCUCCCACGUGCCCUACAACCGCGUCUACGAGCCAGCCGAGGACUCCUUCCUGCUACUCGACACGCUUUCGUCCCCCUCCGAAACCGCCUUUCUCUCAUCCCUCGGCCCGGGCUCCGGCGUAGUAAUCGCCUUCCUAACCGCCCACGCCUCCACCAUCUUCGGCACCCCUCACGUGCUCACAACCGCAAUUGAUGUAUCCCCAUUUGCUUGCGCCGCCACCGACCUCACCGUGCGCAAAGCUAUCACUGAAAACACUUCCACCUCGGGACAUUGGACAUCACCAAUCCAAGGCGAUCUUGUCACCCCCCUUCGCGGCGGGUCGGUGGACGUAUUGGUGUUUAACCCGCCUUACGUCCCGACCCCCGAGCUCCCGUCGCCUCCGGCCGCGCCGCUGCAGGAGUUGAGAGAGAAAACGACGUUUGAAGAGGACUCGCAUUUGUUGGAGCUGACGUAUGCGGGGGGGAAAGAUGGGAUGGAGACCACGGAUAGACUAAUUGAGGCGUUGCCAAGGGUGUUGAGCGCGCGCGGGGUGGCGUAUAUUUUGCUUUGUGCGCAGAAUAAGCCCGAGGAGGUUAAGGGGAGGAUUCGAGCUAUGGGUGCUGGUACGAGUGCUGGUGAGGGGGAGGGGAUGGGAGAGGGCGAGGGAUGGAAGGCGGAGACGGUGGGGACUAGUGGGAAGCAGGCGGGUUGGGAGAAGUUGCAGAUUGUGAGGGUUUGGAGGUAA